GUUUUUACUUUUGAAGGUAAGAAAAUUGUGCAAAUACUCGUAUGCAGUAUAUCCAUUUCGGGGAUUUUCCAGGGUUAAGAUUCUGGAUGGGAUUUUGAGUCAAUUUGUGCAAAGAAUUGCAAACAAGAACACAAGAUCACAAGACAUUGUCAAUUUGUCUGCUCUGAAAAUGAAAACCUUUUACUCUCAGCUGGCACCAAUAGCAUCACCUCAGUGCACAAUCUGUUCAGCUAUCGAGACAGUGCCAGGCAGUUGGACUAAUCUGUCAGCCUCCACUACGGCCCCGCUGCUGGCACGCCUGACAGCAGCACUGGGACGGCAGUGGGCAGCUGACCUCUGCUCCGCUACACUGUGUCUGAGCUGCCUGCGUCAGCUGCAGGGGGUGGAACAGCUGCGGGGCCGCCACCAGCGGCUGGAGGCCUCCCUGGCCAGGGUCUGCAGGAAGGCAUCUGAUUCACUGGAUGCCUCAGCCACCUCCUGCAUAGCUUGUCAUUCUCUGCUCUCAGUGCAUGAUACUGCCAAUGCAUUCUGGGACAAGGCACAGUUCAGCUCAACCUUGCUGGCUAAUAUUCUUGCAAAAUUUAUGACCAAGCCGCCGGAGCCGGGCUCGUCAGCGGGCAGCAGGGUGUGUGGCCGCUGUGUGGCCAGACUGAACCAGCUGGACUUACUGGCUGUGAGGGCCGACCGGAGGGCGCGGGCGAUGGGCGGGCGGCUGCGGGCCGGCGCUGCUGCUGCCGGUGCCAGGAGGCCUAACGGUCCACCCGACUCUCAAGCAGUACCCGAGGAUCCGGCGGGCCACCUCACCCCUCUGGACGAAAUGCUGCUCCAAUUAACCGCCGACCACGAGGAGGAGGCCGGCCUGCCCUCGCCGUCACUACCGCUACUGACAACAGGAGGCCCGUCGGCUGACCGGAGCUCGGACCUACUGAACAUCAGCGGUCGGCCAGACACGGGCGGUGGACUCGAGAAGGCCGGGAGGGGUGACGGCCUGAGAGGGGAAGGAUUGGAAGAGUACGGCCGCAAUGACGGUGGGCUGGAAGCACCGGUGGAUGACGGGGUUGGGGAAUUGCUUGGUGAUGUUCAGGCUGUUGAAGGAGGACCACAGAAAGCUAACAGCGACCGACAGAAUAAUAAGGACAGCAGGGACUUUCGCCCCACAUCCAAGGUGGUGCAGCCCGUCUCAUCUGCUGCUGCUGCCGCCUCCCAGCCACCAGACCGGCCUGUUCGCACCAUAUACGUCCAGUUGGUGGCCGGAGACGCCACGGGCGCUGCGGGACCGGCAGAGGUGAACGAGGUCCGCGCCGCGCCGGCUACCGCCCCCGCCCCCGCCCCCGCCCCUGCUGUAACCGCCACCAAGGGCCGCCGUCCGGCUAAGAUCAAGGUGCAAGAAACGGUCCAGGUGGUCCGCCUGGGUCCUUCCGAUCGGCUGGUUCCUCGGCCUCGGCCCUACCACCGAAAACGACCCAAACCGCCGGCUGCUGAUAACUCCACUGAGGACGCCGACGACCCGUCGUCCGCUGACGGACCGUCAAACGCUGACGGGCUGUCAAAGUCAAACGAUCCGUCAAGCGCUGAGGAUCAGCAGGCAGUUGGAGAGUCACCGGCGCCUCAGCCCCCGGUCAAGCGCGGCAGAGGUCGUCCCAGGAAGACACAGCUGGAUGGGACACAGCGGACCUUCAGGGAGCUGCACAGGAAGUUACAGUAUAUGACGGCCAGAGCUGCCCUACCGAACCAGGUGUCUGACCCGAUCGGCCCGCCGUCCGGACCGGACCGCCCCGUCGGACCGGGAACGGCGGCCAGCGGAGAUACAGCUGUGAAGAGCGAGCGGGAGGAGGGAGGAGAGCAGUGGCUGGAGGCGCAGGACAGAGUGGCGGAGCGGGAUAGUCAGGUCGUCGGGACGGUGUCCAGCGCGACGCUCGGGUGGCUGGGCCCGCCGGCUGAACCCUCCCACGUCACCCACCGCCGCCGGCUGGCAGAGGCCAUGGAGCGCGUCAACAGCCGCAUAGCCGAGAAGCGCCUUAAGUCAUCUCGAUUUGCUGCAACAAAGGAGGACAGGGAGGACGAGAACGUGGAGCCGAGGGAGGACGGUGAGGACAUUGAGGAAGAGUUUGAGGACGGAGAGGACACUGUAAAGGCAGAGCAGUCAGAGACCAGCGAGGAGUGGACCGUUUCGGUCCGCAGCCGGCGCGUGAACGGGCUCUAUGUCUGCGAGGUGUGCCACGACUCGUUCGCGAUGCUGCGGGAGCUGCUGAAACACGAGCGGACCCACACUGAGGCCAAGUUCCCCUGUCCGAUGUGUAACAGGUCGUUCACCCUGCCCAAACUGGUGCGGAGGCAUCAGAAAUUCCACAAGGUGCCCCGCGCCUACCAGUGCGGCGAGUGCGGCCUGCGCUGCCGCUCCCAGCUGGUACUUCUCGACCACAUGCACACCCACACGGGCGGCGAGCACAUCUCCUGCGGCCAGUGCGGCCAGACGUUCGCCAGUCGAGUGCGCUACCGCUCCCACCUGCGCGCGCACAAGGGCCGGCCGGGGCCGCCGCACUGCGCCGAGUGCCGGCUCAAGUUCGCCAACAAGGCGGCCCUGCAGCGUCACCAGCGGGAGCAACACCCCGAGCCACAGCUGAUCGCCUGUCCAGAGCCCGACUGCGAGCGACGCUUCGACUCGCAGAAGAGGCUGACGCACCACCUGCUGCAGCACUUGGCCGGGCCGCCCUGGCGCUGCAAACUCUGUGAUAAGGAGUUCCGCUCCAAGUACUCUCUGAGGGACCACGUGCGCACCCACUCCGGACAGAAACCGUUCGAGUGUGAGAUCUGCGCAAUGCGUUUCUCCCUACGCUCUAACCUAGCCAUGCACAUGCGGUAUGUCCACCAGAACGACCGCCGGUUCAAGUGCACGCUGUGCGGGAAGGGCUACAAGCGGCGGCAGCUACUGCAGUACCACAUGCUGUCCCACGAGGGUGUGCGGCCGCUCAGCUGCCCGCACUGCCCCAUGAAGAUGAUCUACCCGCAGCAUCUGAAACUGCACCUGCAGACCCACUCGGGCGAGAAGCCGCACCGCUGUGACGUCUGCAGCAAGGCGUUCAGCAGGCGGGACAACCUGCGUGCCCACAUGUUCACACACAGCAACAAAAAGCCCUUCGAGUGCCGCCAGUGUGGCAUGGGCUUCGUGCGAAAGAUGGCUCUGCUGCAGCACAUGGAGCACUUCAGUCACGGCGAGCAUCCGGACGACUACGUCAUCAACCGUACCCUGGUGACCAGCGAGUCGGCGCCGGCCGGCGAGCAGGCCCACACCAUCGAGCUGCUCGACACCGCCGACGGGCCGCUGGUCCUUCUCGUCGACUCCGACGGCAAUCAGGAGGUGCUCGUUGCCGACGGACAGGCGGGAGACGCGUCGACGGCGGCGGCUCUGCGGUGCCUCACCUCCGCCGGGCGGCGGUUGGAUCUGAUUAUCGAUGAGUCCGGAGCGGCGACGGUGCGCGGUGGGGAGGAGGACGGGGAGCAGCUGGUGCUGGCUGACGGUGCUGCGGCAGAUACGGUGGAUCUGAUACUGCAGGAGGCUGACGGGCGGCUGGUGCUGAGCGGGGACGGCGCUGACGGUCAGCUGGUGCUGAGCGGGGAGGGCGCUGACGGCCAGCUGGUGCUGAGCGGGGAGGGCGCUGACGGGCAGCUGGUGCUGAGCGGGCAGGGCGCUGACGGCCAGCUGCUGCUGCAGGGGGCGGACGGAGACCAGCCGCUGCUGCUCCAGGAGGGAGUGGAGGACGGCGCGGCGCCCCACUGGGAGCUGCCGGCGCCGCAGGGCGACCCGUUGGAGCUGCGGGCAGACGACGUUCGCGGAUAGCGCCGUGUAAUCUCCUCAGAUACUGCUACUGUCGCCGCCACUGGUCAAGGGCGGCUGUUGUCGGCUGUGCUGCGAUCGAUGUGUGCGAAUGUCCCUGAGUCCACCGUCCUACUCUCAGCUCCACUUUGCGAGUCAAUGCAGCUCUAAACAUCGAGCUAAUGAUACGGUGAUAAGUGGUUCUACUGUGUGCCUAUCUGUGGCAUGCCCACUUCACGGCUGGGAAUCUUAUCGCGGUUGAUAUGAAUGUGCCGAAUCAGGGGAUUUUGUACCAAUGCUAUUUGAGGCUGUGUGCCUUGACAAGUUCUUUUCGCAAGCUGAGAAGCUUUCUGAGCCGUAUGCGUAGCACCACAGAUAACAGUAGUACUGGAUUGGAAACAGAAUAUUGGCAGUUGCAGUAAGAGGCCGAAUGUUUUUAUGCGACGGCGCCAAAAUGGGAUUCUCGCGUGCUGCUGGGUGGAUAAUUUGUGUGUUGUGUAUUGCAAGAAAUCGUCAUUUUUGUGUUUUGUCGUUUACAUUUAAAAUCGAAGCUACCAAUGUUACUUUCAUUUGCUUAAAAAAUUAAAGUAUUUCACUUUUAAUUUGAUUAUUUAGAGUGCACAAUGCGUGGUGUUUUCUUUUGAAAACAAAGUGUGGUGCAAAGCCUUACAUACGUAUAGGUACAGCCCACCGCUUAAGUAAUGUAGGGUUUUACCAAUCUCAACGGUUGGCUUUGACUGGCGAUUGUUUAAUGCGGAGUGAUCGAAAAGAAGAUGUCAAUAGCUAAAGUUGCAGCUGCAAGGGUGACGAUACAUAUAAGCUACAUUCAAAGUUUCAUUGUAGUCUGACUAAUCGUUCCUAAGCUUCAGAAGCAGAACAUACCCAUGACUGAAACCCCACAUUACUUCUGCUGUGGACUGUACAUCAGCAAUGGAGGAGGGGAAUGAGCGGUAAAAACCUGCCGUUCUGGCUACAACCCAACGAUCCAAGAGGAACAAAAAAUUAAAACAGGAGAAUCUGUCUCACAUGCCACCUAUUCGCUUUUCUCACCGAAACAUCUCUACGGGCUCAGUGGGUUGGCGCCAUGGGUCACCGUGACCGGGCUGAGUGAAAUCAGGACUAUUCCGCUGCAUGUGUGAGCUGCAUUUCAGAAAGGAAGAUUUCGAAGAUGAUCGGUCAUUUCGCACCGGCAUGCAGAGACAGCGCCGUCGGCUCAAGAGCGGCGCAGUCCUGUCAGUAUUGACCAGCGUGGAUUACGCGAUGCCCCCUGUGCACGAGCGGCCAGCGAAACUAGCCAUGGCAUCCGCACGCCACUCACACCAGAAGCAGGUUAUGAAAGACCAGACCGAUGCGUUCUUAACGAAUGACAAUGUCAGCUAUCAGGUGGCAACUACAACUGGUCGAGUGUCCGACAGUUCCUGGAGAAUGAGGCGGUACUCCGAAGUCGAACUAAGGGCCUCAGAUGGUGGUCACUGGUCACGUUUCAGCCCCGCCGACGCCUCCGCCCGAAUGGCACCAUCAGCAUCACAGCAGGAGCGACAGCAGGAUGGUGCUCUUGUCAUCCAGGAGCCAGUGGCCGCGGUGGCGAAAUCCACUGAAAUGGAGGACCUGGAUGACAGCGCCAAGGCCUCCCUGGGACACAGCUCUGGCGCCUUGGCACGCUCGGCCACCAGGCGUAACAAGUACGGUGCCUCCGCCAGCCUGCUGAUCUAUCUUGGGGCUACGCCGCUGGAGGUACGACUGGAGAAAGACGAGGAAGACAUCGACCUCACCGUGAGGAUCUGCCAUAUUUGGAGGCAACUGCCGAAGAUGAAAGCUAACAGGAACCAGCUGCUGGUCUGCGAUCAACCAAGAAGUGACGAAGAUAGUCCUAAACCGGGAUGUCGAACUGACCGGAAGUCGUUUGCAAUGAUAGCCACGACGUCCUUAGGAGCCUCCUUCCAGAGAUGUAUGCGACGGUUUUCAAUCUAUUUGCUGGAAAGUGUGGAAACAUGGUAACUGAUAAAUGAGGCAGACACUCAAGACCGUGCCUGUCCAUCGAAAGUCAGGAAGCAGACACCCCAGCGGCAAUUCGGUUGCACCCCAGGUGCAACCCGAUCGAGGAGCGACAAGAGGCCAAAGCUCAGCAGGGUCAAGAAGAUGUAAGGCGGGGAAGUAAGGUCGCUGAUGAAAUUGGGAGGGCAGGCGAAGCGAAGUGACACUUGAAGGGGUGUUUUGUGACGUUGGUUUGAAUUGUGACGUUUGGAUGGUUUGUUGUGACAGGACUGGUGUCGAUUAGCAUGUAAAUAAAGAGAUCAAACUCCCAUGUACAAGUACUUUUUGUGGAUGAGAGUGGGAAAUCAGUAUAAUCAAAUCAGUGGCAUACGUUCCCUCACCACGGCGAGGAAAGUGUA